AUACUGACACAAUCCUGUAGAAAAGUAAAGCCUCCCACACACUAACAUGACUUCUCCAACUCCAGUCUUUGUGCUGAAACAUGUUUGGUGGACAGUAGAUGGCAGCAACAAUGCCAGCAAGCCUUUUUAGAGUCUCUCUGACCAGGAAUCCAGAAGAACAAGAAGGAGGAGGAGGAAGAAAAAGUUUAAAAAGGGUGUGUUGCUGCUCCUGGAGUGACUGAGCCAACUACGGGACACAGUUUCACAUGUUCAGAGUUGCCUUUGGAUGAGAAUCAAACCAGCUUCACUACAUUGUUCAGUCUGAUCAGAUGCUUGUGAAGAUGCAGAGCAGCAGCACCAGCAGCAGUGGGACUGAUUUUCAGCGGCUGAGGGAAAGGUGGACCACCCUGUUGAACCGCAUUUAUGAAGACCCCAGGGUAGCACAGCUGAUGAAUACAAGAAUCGGCCAGUACCUCAGCAGCCACCCUUUCAUAGCUCUGACAGUGUUACUGUUCAGCGCCAUGGCUGCACUGCCUGUCGGGCUCUUUAUCACUUUUGCUCUUGUGACCCUUAUUAUGUCAGGACUGGGUUUUGUUUUCUUUGAGGUGUUCCUGUUGUCUGUAGGAGGCAUGACUCUGCUGUGUGUGCUCUCCGGCAUCGCUAUCUUCUCCUUCAUGGUUUCACUCAUCUUGGAGGCAUUACAUAUCACCAUCUCCAAAAUCCUCAAACUCUAUUACCCGCAUCUGACGAAGCGAGGUCAAGUCCAGGAAAAGGAGAGUGAGGGUGAAACUUCAAAACCAAAGGAAAUGGAGUAGCUUCAAAUCUUCUUCUCUCCCGUUUGUCAGCUUUCAUGUGGAGAAGCUCAAAUUCCAGGGUCCUUUUAAAAAGCAUUACUGAUGCUUGAUGGUGGGAUUUAGAGGCCCUUGAGCAUACUGCAUGGUCCUUUGAGUCUGGGAUCUGCAAAUGUAACAGAUGCUCUAAGCACAAAUACUCCUUGAUUGUUGCUGUUUGUCUAAAGCUUAAAUAUUGGUACUUAAUAUUUUUUUGUUAUUAUCAAUAUAUAUGGUGCAAUACGGUUGAAAUGUCUAUAACUGCCAAAGAAAGGUUUAACUACUCUUUCAACUGCCUUAAUACUCAAAUACUGAAGACAUAUGCCAAUUAGGCAAAAAAAGCAAUACAAAAUACCUGUUACAUGUUUAUGUUUGCUUUAACCUUUAAAAGAGCACAAUGUUGAAUAAAUACAUGUCAGAGUUAAUGUUUGUACUGUUCUUCUGAUGGAGAAAUGUCUUGGCUUUAAAAUAAAAACUGAUCUGAUC